AUGCCGCGAAAGAGCCUUUCCAUAGAUAACUUAAAUGCAAAGGGUGACCAUCAAAGUAAAGUGACAUUUACGAGCACCGAAGAAACUGUUACAGAAGCGAAGCCCAUACCAGAUAUACGUCUUGUUGACGGACCAUCAAUCCUUGUUGGUCGUGUGCAACUGUUACACCGCGGACAAUGGCGGUCGGUUUGCACCAAUUCUAGAAACUGGACUAUCAAUGACAUGGAGACAGCAUGUCGGCAGCUCGGCUUCGUCGGUGGAUCCUUUUACAACUGGAUGGACCGACAGCCCGGCCGUAGAGCUCGCCUACUCUAUGAAGAGCCCAAGUGCAAAGGCACAGAAUACGACCUCUUCCAAUGCGAUUGGAAUUCAAGACAACUCGGUUCAGGAGUUUGCGAUUAUCACCCAGAUUUCGCUCUACGAUGCUUGCCUCGUCACGACGUGAACGGAAACCCCGCCAGACAUUGGAGGGGAAUACGAUUCGAGAACGCAGUAUUCGAGCGAGUGCUAACAUUAUCAAACACUUUAUAUGUUCCUACAUCAAUGUCAAGAUUAUCGCACGUGGUAAUUAAAAAUGCGGGUCUAGGAAGAGAUAAUACAGCGACUAGUGCCCUAGACGUGGUUGGAGUUCCACCUGAAAUGAACGACUUGGAGGUAUCAAAUUCUGCGUUUAACGCUAUAAAUGUAACGUCACCAAAUGCACCUAUUGUCAUCAAUAAUUGCACGAUACAAAAUAAUAGAGGCUAUGGCGUGUACGUGAACUCUACAUACGGCAUGGUAAAAAUAGAAAACUGUUUGAUACAUGAUAAUGGAGGUGACGGUGUCAGAUAUGUUGUUCAUGAGAUUAAUCUCGAUGAGAGAUUUGAUAGAAGCGAAAUUUUCGAUUUAUGCACCCUUGCUUCGACUCCUAGUCAGACGUUUCCUAUUCAAAUGUCCAUAGAACAAUCAAGGUACUCUAACAUGGAAAGAGAUUGUAACCAAAAAUUUUAUACAAUAUCCGACCACGUUCUCACGCUGAGUUUUCUCAAAAUUUUGACAAAUCAAAACGACACUGGUGAGAUAUAUGUUUACGAUGGAUUGACGACUGACGACAGAUUGUUAUUGAGUUUCAGCUUAAGGAAUUUCACACGACCACAAAGUGUAACGUCGACUAGAAAUAGAAUGUAUGUAAGAUUUCGUGCCAAUACCAGAACUGAUAUCACGGGAUUUUUAAGGUUAACAUCGGGAGUCAGCAAGACCUACGAUUUAAAUGUAACCGACACGAUUAUCUCAGACAACAAUGGGAGAGGCGUGGCUAUUGAAAACCUUAGAUCUCAGAUUCACAUACAUCGAACUUCGAUAUCCAAUAAUAAUCAUGUAGCUGGGCUACAUGUUGUCAGCGGCGCAGGUGAUGUCAAUGUAACAGAGAGCAGAAUAUCGUUCAACCAAGGAGACGGUGUCAAUAUAACUGUAACCGGUGGUAAUAGGAAUAUUUCUAGAAGCAUACUGAGUUCCAAUCAAGGUCACGCCGUAGCCGUUUGGCUAAAUGAUACUUCGGAGACUGAAUAUGUAGCAUUGAACCAAACAACAGUAAUCGAAUAUUCAGAAAUAUUUAAAAACCUUGACGUGGGAAUAAUGCACGGAAACUUUUGUGGCAAUAGUUGGGUAAACAUUACAGGUAAUUGGUUUAAUACGAGCAGCGAAAGUACAAUAAAUAUCUUAACUUGUUGGAGACUCAACAACCCGAUCAAAUUAUUGAACCUUCAAAUCGGACACAAUAGGUUUUAUGAAAAUCAAAAAGUCCCGGUGAAAAUACAACCUGCACUGAAUGUAAACGGUAGAAUCGAACACAAUUAUUUUGAACAAGGAAGUUAUGGUGCCAUAGUUAUACUAAAUAGGAUAGAAGGAAACUAUAUUGAAGAAUUCGAAAUGUUACCGGCUAAUUUCCGUAUCCAACAAAAUUAUUUUUUUGGCAAUCGAGGCCCUUUCGUUGUCAACCUGGGCUUAUCACCCUACAGUGAUAUUCAAUACAUAUUGUUCACUCGUAACUACCUAAGAGACAACAAAAUAAAACAAUCUUUUGAGCCUAUAGAAGGUCAAAAUACUCGGCUAACUCCUAGAAGUAGAGUGGCCGCUACCAUAGUACUAUCUUCUAGUAAUAUUGACGUUUUUAGAAACAUAAUUAGCAAUCCUGAAGCUCAGUACGAAAUCGGUUCCCAUGUUGAAGAUCAAAGCAAAAUCCUGAACUGUACAUAUAAUUGGUUGGGUUUUGGUGAAGAGGAGAAAGUCUAUAACAGACUCUUCCACAGGAAAGACAGAUAUAAUCUGGCGAAAAUUGUUUACAUGCCUUAUUUAUUGCAUAGCAGCAACCCUGGUGCUACUCAAAUUAACUUUAAUUCCUUACACGUUCCUCAAUUUAAUGUUCCUGGUACGUUUGUUGUUGGUGGUGAAGUGGAGGGUAUAGAAGUAUUAAAACAAGGAGAAUAUGAUGUAGAUAAAGAUAUUAAUAUUCGCCCAGGCGGUAAACUUGUUCUGAAGUCUGGUGUGACUUUGAAAUUUCCACCUGCUAUUGGUAUGAUGGUGGCAGGAAAACUAGAAGCAAGAGGGAACCGGCCCAAUGAUAUAACUUUCACUCUUAAAGAAGAAAUAGUUAUGUCAAAUGAAACUUAUUAUGAAACGGACUCUGAACCAACGACUCCUGGAUACAUAGAUCCCGUAGUACCAAUAAGACUUUUAGGAGGAAGAAAUCCGAAUGAAGGAAGAUUACAAGUGAGGAUAGAUGAUAAAUGGGGCACUGUGUGUAAUUACCGUUGGAAUAUUAUCAAUGCAGCAUUAGUUUGCAAUCAAUUAGGCCUUGCUUUGAACCCAGAUGAUUGGUUCUUAGAGCCAAGUGAAAUACCAGUUGCAGGUAUCACUGAAGACAUUAUUUUAUCAAAUGUAGAAUGCACUGAAUUUGACAAUGAUAUUACAAAAUGUAAAGCAGAAACCAGAUACCAUUUUGAAAAUUCAUGUACGCAUGAUAAUGAUGUGGGAAUCAGAUGCUACGAAACAAGUUGGGCGGGAAUCAGAUUUAGCGUCAUAUCAGAACGCUCUGAUUUACAAUAUGUUACAAUUGAGAAAUCUGGACUGUUAGAUUAUUCCUCGAACCUCUUUAAGCCAGCACUUCAAAUUGACUUUGCUAGACACAGUUUGGAAAGCGUUAAAAUUGCAAAUAAUUAUCAUGAUGGUUUGGGUAUACUGUAUUCUGACUUGUAUGGAGCCGAUGCGAUCAAUACCGUCCGGAAUUCAGAAUUCAGUAACAAUAAAGGUAGCGGUAUCAGCUUUAAGCAGUUAGGUUUAAAAGUGUAUGGAUCUACUAUAGAAAAUAACAAUGUGGCCGGCGUAUAUCACAAUCCUCACAUCACAGGACCACAGCAAAGAGAAAUAGCUGGAUGGUUUAAUUUAGAUGUAGGAUUUAACUUCGAUGAGUCGAAUUACCGUCCCAUUAUUAUUCCCGAUUAUGAAACAGACAUUUCUUUAGUGAACGGUGAAACAAGACAUAUUGUUUUCGCUAAAAGUCACGGAGAGAAUAUCGCGAAAACCUAUAACAUAAAGUGCAAUCCUGGUUAUGUGAUAGGUUUGCAACUAUUGAAUCCAAUUCACAACUUCUCGACCGAACGCAUUUGUAUUUAUGAUUCUCAAAAUAUCAACGAAGGUAGUACGCAGUGGUGUCUUGAUCGAGAUUUGUCUACAUUUCCUACAACAAGUAAUAGUUUUGGCAUAGUGCUUACUUACGAGAGUGGUACGUCAGCUUUAGGAGGUGUUGUUUUGGUUAUUAGUACAAUUGUAGCACCAGUACAAAAUCUGAGAAACAGAAUUAUCAAAGGACCAGUACCGACUCUUCAACUGAUAAAUACGAAAAUUAAAGGAAACACAAAAGGUAUAAAAGCGCUAUACUACAAUCGUUAUUUAAAUGAAUUAGGAGAUCACUUCUUAAGAAAAGCAAACGAAAGCAUCAAAAUAUUCAAUUGCGAAAUAGCUCAUAAUAAGGAAGAAGCUAUUUACGUCAAUACACCGUUUUGGGAUAUCCACGAAAGUAACAUCACUGAGGUAACUAUUAUGGUUAACAAUAGUCUAAUAACAGACAAUGGCAAAGGUAUAUAUCACUUUGCCAGAGAUCUGAGAAGCUCUAACAAUCUGUACCACUAUCUCAUGCAAGAUAAUACCAUAGAAAGAAAUAAACUUGGUGGCUUUGAUGUAAGUUUACCGUACGUUUGGCAAUACAAUGAAAAUUUCACACAUUCGGUUUACAUGUACAAUAAUACGUGGAGAAACAAUCAGAAUUUCGGUUUAGUAAUAGAUGGACAUUUCGCUGAAGUGAACCUAACAAAAAAUAUCUUCACCGAUAACAACUGCAAAUACGGUCUCAUAUCGAUUCGAGGAAUGGAAAAGAAGAUGAUGGUUGAUGGAAAUCUUAUAGAAAGGAAUAAUGGUCAAUUUAUGGUCCAAUUCCAUAUGGACAGUCAAAGUGAAAUUAUGGGCUUAGUCUAUGCUGUUUUUGUUUACAAUAAAGUUAAAAAUAAUCAAUACGCGAGCUUCGUUAAUCGGGGAGCACAACUUAGGACGGUAGACCCAACAUGUGUCAUCGGUUUCAAAGGAAUUCAAAAAGUGAAAGUGAGCAGAAAUUUAUUUGGGGGUAAUGCUUUAGAAUACACCCUUGUGGCUGGCAUAAAAACAGCGAAAAUAAAUAAUUUAUUAGAUGUUACCGAGAAUUGGUGGGGCAGUACCAUAGAACAGGAAAUCAAAAAGCAAAUAUUUGACUUUGACGACUGGAAUAAUCAUGCUAUAGCGGUUUAUUUACCGUAUCUACUAGAAGAAGAUUUCGAAGCAAGCCUUUCACCAACAUUUAGUCCUGAUAGUGUUAUAGAUUUAAAUGAACUAGGUGGAAGACUGACAUCCAAUUUAACUAUAGAAGCUAGAUUAGCUCCGUAUGUAAUUAGAUCAGAUAUAACAGUAAUGCCAGAUGUAACUUUGAUUAUCAACCCUGGUGUAGUAAUGGAAUUUGCACCGAAUGUUGGUAUUCUUGUAAUGGGUAUAUUGCAGGCUGCAGGUCACAUUCAAUUGCCGAUCGUAAUGAGACCAAUAACAACGGCUAGCAAUGUGGAAAUUAGUAGAAAAGAAAGAGAAGUCGGAUUGUAUUCCUCGAUACACCAUCAAUAUAGAAGACAAUUGGAAUCGUUCACGUUGCCGAAUUCUAUUAGGCUUUGCACGGGAAGGAAUUGUUCCAUUAAUGAUAAUAUCGCUGAAAAGCGUAACGAAGGAUUUCUUGAAUAUUACAACAAAACUACACUUCAAUGGGUGCCGAUGUGUGACAAUCGUUUCACAGAAAGAAACGCUCAAGUAGUGUGUAGAGAAUUGGGUUUUGAUCCCAUUAAUGUAUUCUUUGCACAUGACCGCCGAGUGGAAUAUCACAGUAAUUCCUUAUCUAGAAUCUGGUCUUGGCCGGAGCCUUUGCAAUGCGUUGGGACUGAGAAUCGCUAUGACGAUUGCCCAAUAAGAUUAAACGGACAACUAUACGGUCAUCGGCACGAGUGUAAAUGGGAUUCUGAAUACGUUUUUAUACAUUGCGGAACGAGGAACCUCGAAGAAGUCUACGACUAUUGGGGUGGAAUAAGAUUUGCUAAUCCUGAAUUCGAAUAUUCACUAUACGAACAUCGAAUUCACGACCAUCAUACGCACGAAACAAUGAAGAAGAUGGAAAGCGAACUUCGCCAUCUGCAGAUCAUUGGUGCGGGAUUGCUUCACAAUGAGAAAUCACCAGCAGUUCAAAGUAUCGUCAAGAAUCCCGUCAUAAGGAAUGUCAAUAUAACUAAAUGUGCUCAUCAUGGUAUCAAUUUAAUAUCACCGACAGAUACUAUGAGUAUCAUGUUUAAUUCCGUGAAUGACGUACUGGGAGAAGGCGUAAGUGCUAUUUCUUUGAACGGAGAAGGCAGAGAAUCUGAAGAAUCUAGUUUUACACCUUUGAAGGACUUAAAUCUACCAUAUCAUAUGUUUUCGCUGAUUGAUAUUUGUGAUAGUACAAAAAUGAUUACCGUCGAAGAAAGAGUGCUCGUUUAUUACAAAUACGACAACAAUCCAGUCAAUUGUGUGAAAAUAUUCAAGAGUAUGUACAGAGUGAAACCGUUCGGAUUUCGUCUGCUGCAAUUCAAUUUAUUCAAUCAUACGACGAAUUAUGGGAAAAGGGACUCUCUGACUUUGUACGAUGGUGACAUUUACAACAUAACGGCUCCGAUGAUCGGAUAUUUAGAAAACGGUUCGCCCGACGAAAAGAAACUGUUUAGAACAGAAGGUGCAAGCUUGAGUAUCAAGUUGUUUGCUAAUGGCGCUUCGGCUGUUCACGGAUUCAUAGCUGAAGUCGUAACACUACCUAUAUCCGCAAUAGGAUUCAAUCGCGACGUCCAACAUAACAUAUCGAACAGCGAAUUCAUAAAGAACAGAGACGGCGCGAUCACGUAUCAAUCUGUCGGCGAAGUGAAUCCUCUGGUCGCGAUCACUAGGAACGAGAUCAUAGGAAACUGUCUCAAGCUGUACGGAAACUUCACGACCUGCCAGUCCGUUGUUAGAGUGGACGUACAGAAUACGCAAACGCUGGUGUUUAGGAAUAAUUUGGUGCGAGAUAACGUCGGCGGGUUGCUCGUUAGGGCAGAUUCAAGAGGCUCAGCUACGUCCCUUCGCGGCUGGAUUCACAAUAAUCUCUUCUUCAGAAACCACGAUUUACCGUGUCUUAAAGUGGAAGGUCGUCAGUCCUCGCCGUAUCAAGAGGUGACGAUAUACCGCAAUUACUUCACCAGGAAUCGGGUGCCGUUCGAUGACGUCAUCGUUCUGCGUCAAGUCGUCUCCAACUUCACGUACAACUACGUACACGACAACACCGGCCUCCGUAUCCUCGAGGUGUCGGGCUUCGAUAAAGUCAGACUACCGAUUUAUCAGACAACUUCGCAUAACGGUUUCUAUAAGAACUACGCAACAGAUCGCGAAGGCCGAGCCACUAUAGUCGCGGGAACAGCCGGUCAGAGCUACGUCGACAAUAUAUUUUUCAAUCCCGACAACGACUACGAAAUGAUUACUGUUAAUCGAUCUAUCUUGCUUGACUAUAAUCCAAACGUAAUGAGUUCAUUAGACCUAUGGCGAACCCGUAUCGACGCGAAGCACAACUACUGGAGUUACAACGUGACGUUGGCGGUGGCCGGCCGCAUCAGGGACCAGGCCGACGACCCCUCGCUCGUGGAGGUGGACUAUCGUCCGUUCUACAUGAACAACCUGACGGUGCUGGGGGGCGGGAAGUGUCCCCCGGGCUGGGACGCGCUCGCCGGCACCUGCUACAUGUACGUCGGGGCUCCCAUGACGUACGACGAAGCCAGACAGUUCUGCUUGUCCGACAACGCGUCGAUGCCGUACGUGACGGGCAAGUACGAGGUGCUGUACGACUUCAUCCACCGUCAGAACCAGUGGUUCCAGUACGGGGACAGGGUCUGGGUCAACCACAUCGAUUACGUCACGCAGUGCACCUCGUUCGCCUUCUCCUCAGUCGAGAUCACCGACUGUAAUCAGAAGAACGCUUUUAUUUGCGAGAUCGAUCCGAAAAUAGUGAUAGACCCGAUGUCUUGGCGUGGGGACUCUCUGGCGGUGGCGUUUAUCGGCGUGCUGGUAGCAGCCGUGCUGCUGGUAGGCGCGGCGCUCGUCUGCUGGUACACCAAGUCGAAGCACAGACACGUUCAGAGAUUAGAGAGGCGAAAUUCAAUCAGACAGUCGCUGCAUUCGGUGCGGUCUAUUGGAAGCAUCAACGGGGGAUUCCCCGAUACGAACUACAGAAGGAAGAUGGCGCAAAUGAGCACCCGUUCCACGGAAACCCUUACGAAGGGCUCUGAUUACCGCAAGAUGUUGGCUUCGACCGUCUCAAUGGAGUCGAUGGAGAAGAGUCAAUUCAAUUCCUCGAUCGAAGACAACCAAAGCUUCGACGUUUACGAAGCUCACAACCCGAACAACAUAAUACAGCUGAAGCACAGUAAUUUCGUUAAGAAACCGAACAGCCCAGAAUAUUCUGUGCCCCAAAACAACGCUAGGCCCUUUAAUUUAGCGUUUAGGAACGACGGCUACAGAGACUCCGGUCAGAAUAGUGGUGCACCCUCAAUCAGCACGGUGAUGACCGAAGAAAUCCCGAUCAUUCAUCACCCAGGUGGAAUGAGUUCGCCCCAGGACGACGAGAUAUUGUCUCCUACAAAUAACGCGCAAUAUUACGCAUCGGACACUCUGCCGCUGCGAGAUCUCGGCAGAUCUGAUGAUAAUCUAGAAUUCAAGAGGGAUCCGGAUAAAGAAGGGAAAAUGUAUGGGCCCUACGGUGCGCCUAAUUACGGGGGUCAACCGAAGCUCUCGUUCUUGAUGGAGUUGAGGUCAAAAAUGCCCGAUCAGCCACAAGCCGGUUCCACGCCAACCACUACGUUUGGUCAGAGAAAUAAUAUUCCAGAUCAUCAGCCAUACUACGAAGAUAAUCUACCUUCCCCUCAGCCGCCGGUAUACUCCAGUCCGUACAGCGACAACACGCAAUCCGAGAUGAUACCGAGCUACGACUCGAGUCCGCAGGAUUUAUCCAGAGAGUUCGACGAGUCUCCACUACCCGAACUACACCACAAAUCAAAGUCCGAAGCAUUACUGGAAACGAAUUUCGAUUUCGACGACGACACCAGCCCUUUGCCCAUUUCGGAAGCCUGUCGCUCGCACAGUCAACCUUUAGAAACGGCAAUGUAACACUCCAUUCACUAAAAAAAAUAAAAAAAAUAAAAAAAUAAAAACUGGUGGUAGGAACUCUUGUGAGUCCGCGCGGGUAGGUACC